AAAAGGGAGAGAGGAAAGGAAGGCUUGAAAGAUUGAAUCCUUCAGGCUGGAAUCCAAUCAAGUCAUUAGGGCCAGGUGGAGCCAGAGCCAAGUUCCCAUUCCUUAGUUUUGGUGAGAAGACAAAAGCAGCAGUUCUCCCUGACACACCGAAAACUCUGGUUUUUGUGUGAAAAGUUGUAAUGGGGUUCAGAGCAGCAGUUUUCGUGUUUCUCUUCUCAUGUGGAAAUCUUUGUGUUGCCUCGCAAAACUGGUUUAACUUCAGCACCAAUGAGAGUCUGAGCCAAAUCCCACAAGAAGAAGCGACAGCGAGCUUGCAGCUGCCAAGAUCACCGCAGACAACAGAUCAUCAGUCAAACAGGACAGAGCAAAGUCAUCCGGUCCGCUCUCCUGUCAGCUACCGGCUCAGGAGCUAUCAGCUCAGGAACCCAGCCAUCGUCGAACAAAAGCCGGCCCGGCCUCUUGUGGAGCAGAUGCAAACUUUCCGAAACCCUCAGAGUCCAGAGACCAGAAAGCUGACCUCAGAGCAGCUGGAGCCGAUGGAAACUGCCCUUGCUCAAAAGUUGUUAAAAUUGCCAGUUAAAGGCCCAGAUCUUAACCCACCUGUCACGCAGGAAUCAAAAGUGCUGGUGGAGUUAGAGCAGCGGGUGCCUGUGCCAGCUGACAGCGUGUCAGUGCGCUGUGGUGAAGGAGAAGUCACCGUAAAGGUCAAACAGAACUUCCUAGGUAACGCUCAGCUGAUCCGUCCAAGUGAUCUGACCUUAGGAGGCUGCGCAGCAGUAGACACCGCCGACCACAUUCUGCAGUUCCAGACGGAGUUACAGGGCUGCGGCAGCACAAUGACGAUGACCGAGGAAGCCCUCAUCUACUCCUUUUCUCUGAUGUAUUCUCCAACACCCAUUGGCAACACCUUCAUUUUAAAGACCAACCCUGCUGAGGUGGUAAUUGAAUGCUACUAUCAAAGGAGGCAUUACGUGAGCAGCAACGCCGUGAGGCCCACCUGGCAGCAGUUUGCCUCCGACAUGCUAGCAGACCAGCAGCUGCACUUCUCCCUACGUCUCAUGACAGAGGACUGGCAGUCACAGAGGCCUUCCAGUGUUUACUUCCAGAGUGACGUGAUGCACAUUGAGGCGGCGGUCCUCCAGGGUCACCACGUUCCACUGAGGGUCUAUGUGGACAGCUGUGUGGCCACUGUGAACCCUGACCCCAGUUCGCAACCCAGAUACCCCUUCAUCAACAACCACGGGUGUCUAACUGAUGGUAAGCUGACAGGAGCCAAGUCUUACUUCAUGCAGAGGAGCCAGGAGGAUAAACUUCAUUUCCUGCUGAAAGCCUUCAGGUUCCACCAAGAUCACAGGAAUUCGCUCUACAUCACAUGUCAUCUGAAAGCAACAACAGUCUCUGUUCCCAUUAACUCGCACUACAAAGCGUGUUCAUUCCUGACUGAAGCUAACAGAUGGGUGGCGUCAGGUGGAGACAAUGAGGUGUGUAGCUGCUGUGAAAGCAGGUGCAGUGAGCGGAGAUGGAAAAGAGGCCUCGCAGCAGAUUCUGAUCUGCAGUGGGAGGGGACGGCUGCUCUGGGCCCCAUCCUGCUGGAGGAGCUGACUGAGGUGUCCGAGCCUCCUCCAGAGCCAGUCUCUCUGCUCCACACACACGAGGCGAUUCAAGCGGCUUCUUAUCCAUUGAUAGCCCUGCUGUGUGGAGUGGGUGCAGCAUUGGCUGUGAUGUUGCUGGUUUUCACGGGUGCCAUCACUUGCAGCAGAUUACACAAGCCCACUGGACACUACGUCUGUAGCUGAUUUAGGACAAUAAACGAUUUAUAGCCAAGCCUCA